UGAGUCUAGAGCCGGCGAGAGGACGCGGCGGGCGGGCUAGAGCGGCGCGGCCUGAUCGUGUGGGGGCGAGCGGGUCAUGGAGGACGAGCAGAGCUUCUCGGAUAUCUGCGGCGGUCGCCUGGCUCUGCAGCGCCGCUACUACUCCCCGUCCUGCCGGGAGUUCUGCCUCAGCUGCCCUCGGCUCUCGUUGCGCUCGCUCACUGCUGUCACCUGCACCGUGUGGCUAGCGGCCUACGGACUCUUCACCCUCUACGAGAACAGCAUGAUCCUCUCUGCUGCCAUCUUCAUCACCCUCUUAGGCCUGCUUGGUUACCUCCAUUUCGUGAAGAUUGAUCAGGAGACUCUGUUAAUCAUUGAUUCCCUUGGCAUCCAGAUGACUUCAUCCUAUGCCUCAGGCAAAGAAAGUACCACCUUCAUUGAGAUGGGCAAGGUGAAGGAUGUUGUCAUUAAUGAGGCUAUUUACAUGCAGAAGGUCAUUUACUACCUCUGCAUUUUAUUGAAGGAUCCACUGGAACCACAUGGGAUAUCUCAAGUAGUACCUGUCUUCCAGAGUGCAAAGCCCCGGCUGGACUGCUUGAUUGAAGUGUACAGGAGCUGCCAGGAGAUCCUGGCACACCAGAAAGCCACCUCAACAAGCCCAUGAGUCCCAGCAUUCAGAAGGCCAGUACUGUCUUCCAUGGGAGAUGACUCCUCAGCCAUAGUGGCUGCUUUAUUUUCUGUAUUCUAAGCCAUCAGGUGGACACAGUCCUAGGAACCAGUAUGGAUGCAGUGGAUCUCAGAGCCAUAGAGCAGGUGACUGGAAACCUAACUCAUCGUGUGAUGUUGACCCAAGUAUUUAUUUGUAUUUUAGUGUUCCCCUUGUAAGGUUUUGCCUACUUUACCAACUGAAGAGAGACCUUAAGAAAGGUAUAUGUCAAAAGUAAUGUUGACAAAGCACUUUGUAAAAUUCCUAAGCACAUUCAAGUUUACUUUUUGUUGAAAUUUGUGGAACAAGACAAUGGGAAACUGACAUUAGAUCUCUGGAGAAAGAUCAUUUCCAAGUGCCUAGUAUCCCUGUAUAAAAGUUAGGGGGAAAAAAGUCAUUCAGGUACUUUUUAGCAGGAAGAAAUGUCCUACAAAAGACUAGUCUCUGUCCACCCAGUUCCUGUGUUCUGUGCAGGGUUAACUUAUGACAACUCUCUUAAUAAACAGAUCUUCCAAGACAUACACGAUAAUUGCCUGCUUCACAGACAGCUGCUUUUUAUUGACAGACAUGAACGUGGCAUUUCAGUCAUGGGUGUCAAGCACAUUAAUACCCUUCUGUUACUCAGCGUUGUCUAUGGUUUCAAAAACUGCUUUUCCCAAGAGGGAUGAGACAAAAGGCCAGACAGAAAUUUGACUUUGGUUUCCAGGCAUGUUAAACAAGGAUCAACACACAAACUAUAGAAGGCUUUGUUUAUAAGGCAGUUUCUUCUGUGUCAAAUUAAUCAACUAAAGGAGGAUUCCUGAAGGGUUGGGAAGGAGAGAGGGUGAGUGAAAGAGCUUGACCCCCAAAUUCAGUAUGAACACAGCUCCCUUCUCGCUUACUUUUUCUUUGGGAUCCUUUUCUUUUUUAAACUCCCAAGUAGAUAAUAUCCUCAUUGGCCUUAGGGACACUCAAGAUACUACAAAACCAGAGCUGUAAUUUCUGCCUUUUACACCAGCCCCAGAGGGAUUAUUCAGGAACCUGUGGGACACGUGACUUGUUCGAGGUAGAAAUGUCUCAGCUAGAUCCCAAAUCCUGGGAGGAGGCAGGAACAGAAAUGGGAGACAGCUGUAAAACUGCCAGCCUUGCAAAGUCAGGUUCAUUUAAAAGAGGCAGACACUCUGUUGUGCUUCUUUUUUCAUCAUGCUUGUCAGUUUAAAGGGUGAGAGGGGAAGCUUACAGCUGCUGAGGUGUUCAGAUAAACUAGUUCCAGCCUUGCAGUUUUCACAGUGUGCAACAACAGACACUUUGUUGGAGUUAAAGGCUUGGUUCUUGGAUGCUACUGCUAAACCAUAAACAUACAGUUUUCAGCACUUUAUUGACAAAUGGUAAGACUGCCUUAGAGCUAUGAAAUAAAACUCAGUUUCUCCAGUGUUGGAAGAUCAGA